AUGUAUGCCAAAGCUAAAGAUACACAUGUGCUCAUUCGGCUUCCAUGCAAUUUAGUCGAAACAGUUGCGGAUAAAUCAAUAAAAAUUGCUCUUACAGUUGCUAAUCCCCCAAUACAUGCAAUUGAUGACUAUGCUGUCGAAAAAUUUCGUCAAAUUGAAUCUAAAUAUCCUGUUAUUAAUACACCAACUAAAGAGGUUAUGAAUACAUUCAACGAAAAAACUGAAUCUAUUCGUCAUGUAAUGAAUUCAGUUAAGGAUACAACUACAUCAACAAUUCAACGUGGCAAAGAGACUGUUUUUCAUGUAGCAACAAUCACAGUACAUAAAACAUCUGAUGUAGCUGGUUCUGUCUUCUCAUUUGGUGAAACACAUGUACCAAGAAGUAUGUAAAAAUCAGAAAUAAAAAUUUCUUUUAAUUCAAUUUGAAUUUUUCUAGUCAAACAUCUUAAUGCCAGCAAAACAAUAGAGUUCCAUGAACAUGCUUGUUCAACUGUUAGUUCAUUAUAUAGUUAUGUAUUUCAUUCUGUUCAAUCAUCAUUAAUAUGGUCCAAAAUGUUUACUAUAUAUUCUUUUUACUUAAAACAAAAUAAAUGAAUGAUCUUGUAUAUUAUUUUUAUUUUAUUUAUUUUUAAUAUUUACUUAGGACAUUAUUCUUUUAUACCAACAUUAUAGUUGAUCUCAUAUAUAUGCGAAAAGAACCAUUAAGAAAUUUUUUAUUUUUAUUUUUAAAGAAAUCAAAAAAUGUCCUCAGGCAUUAGCAGAACGAGUUCUACGUGCCGUUUGACAUCAGCACUCUUUAUACUGUGACCAACAGUUCUACUUGUAUAAACUAUAUCAUUAAGAACUAAAUAGAUCAAAAAUCUAAUGACUUUUCUUUUCAGAAAACGUAUUUCUAUUAAUUAAGGUUCUUGUUAUACAUAUAGCGGAGCCAUACUGUCUAUGUAUUCUGGAUUUUUCGAGAUGUUCUACAUUGUUUCUCACAUUUUUGAUACUAUAAUCGG